AUGAUGGGAGAACUGAGAACAAAGGGAUUAGACAAAAUGUUGUCACCUACAGAGCUCCCUCAUAAGUUGCCUUUAUGGAGCGAUGCUUCCGGACUACUAAGCGAUAUGAUGGAGAAGAAAAUCAACCCCAAUGUAUUGACUGAUGCGUUCCUGAAAGAGAGUAAACUUUUAGAGGCCGAAAAGCUGUACCAAGAAAUGAUCGAAAGGUCAAUAGAUCCUUGA